UUGUGGUCAGCAGAGAAGAGAUCACCUCCCGCCUGGACAGUCGUGUCUGUGCUCAAAUCUGCUCAGAUGCACAAGAACUCCCGUAAAGGGUGAUUUCUAUUAAGGUGUUGACGUUAGUGUGGUUUAUCGUCAUUUUGUGUUUUUUAUUGUGGAGUCAGAUGCCAUUGGUACAUGCGUGAGUUUCAGUUAUCUCUCAGGAAAAGGAAACACCUCCUUCUCAACACAUGUGAGGACUGUUUCUGGCUGGUCCUCCUAUUCUAAAGGAUGACAGGGAGUGAAUCAUAGUGGAGAGCUGCUCCCUCUCCAGCAGCUACAUCAGCUCCUCUGUCACAAACACUGAGUGACCAACAACCUCUAACUUCUCCUGCAUCCAUAUUAUGGGAUCUUAUCUAAGUGUUGACAGACCAGGCUCAAAUUUGGAUCUAAAUUCUUUGUUUUUUUGAAUGAAAACUUUGUGUUAGUCAAGCUGUGCAGCUUUCAUCUGGGACCAAGGAUCUAUCUUGGUGUUGGAGUUCAGUGUGUAACAGAAGGUCCAGGAGAUGGUAGGUAUUUGAACCCACAGUAAACCAGGAUGGAGCCUAUUAAGAGAGACAUGGAGCUGCUUAGUAACAGCAUGGCGACCUACGCUCACGUCAAAGCCAAUCCAGAGAGCUUUGCCCUCUACUUCAUGAUGGGCGUCUGUUUCGGCCUGCUCACGGCACUGUGCCUCCUGGUGGCCGGCAUCGCCUGCAGGACUCGCCGCCAUAGAAGACCUCCCCCUUCCCCUGAAAGGAGACAGCUGAAGGAGUCCAGUGAGGAAGAAGAGGAUGAGGAUGAGGAGGGCAUCGCAGAGGAAGAUGGGGAGGAGACGGAGAUCCCUAAAGUGACAAUGGGGCCCACGAGUGAUCGCAGCAGCCAGUCUAACGGGACUCUGAGGAAUGUGAAUGUGUUUGCUUCAGCUGAGGAGCUGGAGAAGGCCCGACGUCUGGAGGAGAGAGAACGAAUAGUCAGGGAGAUCUGGAGGAAUGGGCAGCCGGACAUUCUGGUCACAGGGACAGGGACUAUUGGACGAGUCCAUUACCACUAAGAGACACUUUGACUGUGCCAUAAAGAUCCACCUCA